AUGAGUAUUGCAGAACAAUUAAACAGAGUAAGAGAGAAGAAUAUAAAAGAUCGUAGUAGAGUAAUACUUAUUAAUGAAUUAAGAGAUGAACCAGAUAUUUUAUUCUAUUCUAGAGUAGAAGAGUCAGUUGAAUUAUUCAGAAUAUACCACAGUAAGCCAUACGAACAAAUACAGAAGUAUUUGGAAGUACUCACAAAUGAGAACAGUGCAGAAUUCAGAAGGGAAAGACUCACACAGAAAGAGAAUGAGAAUAUUUCAAAACGACUUAAAAUAAUCCUAACUGUUAUUACACCGUAUACAAAAUAUAAUUAUAUAAUGGUUAUACUGGAGUGGCUUAUACGUAUAUACAGAAUAGAUAAGUACGAAUUAGAAUAUUUAGUAAGUGCUACAAUACAAAUAGAAGAAGUACAGGAGAUAUUAGACAUAUUUAUAUCUAGAAAUCCAUUUAUAUCUAAUCCUAUUAUAUCUAUUAUACAGUGUAAAGGUGUACAAGUACGUAUAAGUAAGGAAUUACUUAAAUAG